AUGAACAAAAGCGGCGCACUCCAGAUGAUCGACCUCUGGUACGACUGGCCCAAUGGCCGCAACUUCAACAUCAUACAGGACCAGCUGGGCAAGCUCACCUACGACGCCGAGUGGAACAACGGCACCUCAUUCAUGUACACCCUAGAUUCCGAUCGCGAAUGCAAAACCCUCUACCCGGGCGUCGGCAUCCUCCGACCCAACUGGCUCGACGGCGCCAAUUACCUGGGCCAGCGCUACAUCGACGGCUUCCUCUGCAAUGUCUGGGAGAAGGUCGAUUUCAUUUGGUACUACGAAGACGUCGAGACCAAGCGCCCCGUCCACUGGGUUUUCUACACGGGGAGGCAUGCUCAUGUGAUGACGUUUGAGGUGGGAGCCGUGCUGGAAGAUGCUGGUUGGCAGGCCCCUGAUUACUGCUUCGGCGAACAACAACGGGGGAAGGAGAGAAACCCUGCAGCAGGAAGAAUUGAAUCUGUGGUCGGUGUUAGGAGGUCCCUUUUCGGCUGA